CAGCGAACGGUAGAAUUGGGGAAGUGAACGUAAGAAGGGCUUAGUAACAGGGAGUGUUCUUGAGCGUUGAUGCGGGGCCCGACCGGUCGCCUCGGACCAGGACCCGAUCACUCCGUCCUCAACGCCACCACCGACCAGACGCUCAACACGACCCCCUGGCAUCACCAUCAUGACUACCUACUUCGAUUACCCAGCCCCAGAGCUUCAGGAGGAGCUAAAACGUAUUGCCAAUGCCAUUGUGGCCCCCGGCAAGGGCAUCCUGGCCGCCGAUGAAUCAACGGGCACCAUGGGGAAGCGCCUCGCUGACAUCGGCCUCGAGAACACUGAAGAGAAUCGCCGCCAGUACCGCCAGCUACUCUUCACUUCAGAUAAGGAACUGGGCAACAAUAUCUCUGGCGUGAUCCUCUUCCACGAGACACUCUACCAGAAGUCUGAUGAUGGACGCCCGUUUGUCGACCUCAUCAAAGAGUUGGGCAUCAUCCCAGGCAUAAAGGUGGACAAGGGUGUGGUGCCACUCAUGGGAUCAGAGGGAGAGAGUACUACCCAGGGCCUCGAUGACCUGGCCAAGCGGUGUGCUCAAUACAAGGCUGAUGGCUGUGACUUUGCCAAGUGGCGCUGUGUCUUGAAGAUUGGUCAAAACACUCCAAGUUACCUUGGUAUGCUGGAGAAUGCCAACGUUUUGGCUCGCUACGCUUCAAUUUGUCAAAUGAAUGGUCUUGUUCCUAUCGUUGAGCCUGAGGUGCUGAUGGACGGGUCCCAUGACCUGGUCCGGGCACAGAAAGUGACGGAGACUGUGCUGGCCUUCACCUACAAGGCUCUCAAUGAUCACCACGUUUUCCUGGAAGGAACCCUUCUUAAACCCAACAUGGUGCUGGCUGGUCAAGAGUGUCCCACAAAAUACACACCACAGCAGGCUGCUGAGGCAACAGUGUUGGCACUGUCCCGGACAGUACCAGCAGCAGUGCCUGGAAUUUGCUUCCUCUCUGGUGGACAGUCAGAGGAGGAAGCCACAGUGCACUUAGAUGCCAUAAACAAGUGCACAGCCGGCAAGAAGCCUUGGGCUCUGACUUUCAGCUACGGAAGAGCAAUGCAGGCAUCUGCCCUCAAGGCAUGGAGUGGAAAGGACGUGAAAGCAGGACAGGCUGAACUACUGAGGCGAGCAAAGGCCAACGGAGCAGCAUCGCUGGGCCAGUAUGUUGCGGGGACGUGCUCUGGAGCUGCCGGCAAAGCUGGUCUCUUUGUGAAGAAUCACCAGUAUUAGCUGCUAUGAAGACUCGUUGUACAGUACAUAAAUAUUGAGCAAAGGUUUAGGUGCUAUUUGCAUCUAUAACUUAAUGUUUAUUGAAAAAGAUGUUUUGCCUAAUUUAAAAGUAAGUAUUCUACACAAGGUUGAUCACUUAGUAGACUUCUGAAAUGGGUCCAAAUUUCAUAAAUAUUGUAAAAUAUAAAGAAACAUGAUUAUUAGUUUCCAUUUUAAAUUAAAGGAACAAUCUUAAAAUUUGUAACCUUCAAUGCAGAAUUAAUGCACUUGAUAUUAGUAAAUAGAUUUUAAAUGGAUUCAAUUUUUAUGUCCUUAUAUUUUAAACCUGUUAAUCUUAAAAUUAAUUACAUCAAUAAAUUAUGCUGUUUUCAAA